AUGAUCUGCAAGGUGAACUCACCCGAGGGUGUCCGUGCAGUAGUGUCCUUCCCUCAGCCGUUCCUGAAGGACCUCCUAGCCGAGACGCCCGACAGUGAUAACAAGGGACUCCUCGUUCUGGCCGCUGGCCCUUCUGGUGCCGGCAAAACCUUCUGCGUCACUGGUGGCGCUACUAAGUUCUCCGAUCGGGGCUUGAUCCCUCGAACAUUAACCUUUCUGUUUGAUCACAAGUCGAGCUCGAUGCGAGUUGAAAUAUCCUUCUAUGAAAUAUACAAGGAAGAGGUCGUCGAUCUUCUUUCCCCGAGGGUCAAGAUUUCCCACAGUGAGGAUCUCACUAGAAUGCUGGUGGACGACGAGUCGGCAGCCUACCAGGCCCUUUUCACUGGCGAUAGCAAUCGCCACUUUGAGAAAAUGCCGCAGAAUACAGAGGCUAGUCGGGGCCAUGCCGUAUUCGAGAUCCUCGUUAAUGGCUACUAUAAGGUACCAGACGGGGAGCCUAUGCUGGGUACAGCUUGA